AUGUCGGAUCCCAACUCGACUGAGGCCGAGAAGAACAUCGAGAUAUGGAAGGUCAAGAAGCUCAUCAAGAGCCUCGAGGCCGCUCGCGGUAACGGAACGAGCAUGAUCUCCCUCAUUAUCCCCCCCAAGGAUCAAGUCUCCCGUGCUGCCAAGAUGUUGGCUGAAGAAUACGGUACCGCCUCCAACAUCAAGUCGCGAGUGAAUCGACAGUCUGUCCUCUCCGCCAUCACCUCGACCCAGCAGCGUCUCAAGCUCUACAACAAGGUGCCGCCCAACGGCCUCGUCGUCUACUGCGGUGAAAUCCUCACCCAGGAGGGCAAGGAGCGCAAGGUCAACAUUGACUUUGAGCCCUUCAAGCCCAUCAACACGUCGCUGUACCUCUGCGACAACAAGUUCCACACCGAGGCCCUGUCCGAGCUCCUCGAAUCCGACCAGAAAUUCGGCUUCAUCAUCAUGGACGGUAACGGUGCCCUGUUCGCCACCCUCAGCGGCAACACGCGCGAGAUUGUCCACAAGUUCUCCGUCGAUCUGCCCAAGAAGCACGGCCGUGGUGGUCAGUCGGCCCUGCGUUUCGCCCGUCUCCGUGACGAGAAGCGCCACAACUACGUCCGCAAGGUCGCCGAGUUGGCCGUCCAAAACUUCAUCACCGCCGACAAGGUCAACGUCGCCGGUCUCAUCCUCGCCGGUUCCGCCGAUUUCAAGAACGACCUCAACGCGUCCGAUCUGUUCGACGGCCGUCUGCAGGCCAAGGUCAUUAAGGUCGUCGACGUGUCGUACGGUGGCGAGAACGGCUUCAACCAGGCCAUCGAGCUGUCCUCCGAGACGCUGGGCAACGUCAAGUUCAUCCAGGAGAAGAAGCUCAUUGGCAAGUACUUUGAGGAGAUCAGCCAGGACACGGGCCGCAUCUGCUACGGCAUCGAGGACACGCUCAAGGCGCUGGACCUCGGCGCCGUCGAGACGCUCAUUGUCUUUGAGAACCUCGAGAUCACGCGCUACGUCCUCAAGGACAGCGAGGGGGCCGAGAUUGUCAUCCACACGACCAAGCAGCAGGAGACGGGCGACCGCUCGCAGUUCAUGGACAAGGCCACCGGCCAGGAGAUGGACAUUGUGAGCCAGGAGUCGUUCCUCGAGUGGGUCGCCGAGCACUACAAGGAUUUCGGCGCCACGCUCGAGUUCGUCUCGGACAGGUCGACCGAGGGCAACCAGUUCGUCAAGGGCUUCGGUGGCAUCGGCGGUCUCCUGCGCUACAAGGUCAACUUUGAGCAGCUGGCCGAUUUCGACGACGAUGAUGAUGAUUACUACGAUGAUUGA